UUUUUUUUCAUGCACUGGCAUUUUUUCCCACCCUCCCAAGAGGAGACUCGAUCGGGUGGUUUGGUUACGGGUUAGUCAGCCCAGCCCGGCCCAGCCCAGCCCAGCUUAAAUGAAUGCCAGGAUCCAAAAUACGCGGGCGAUGUGUACGGUCUCGUCCAGGUCUCGUCCAGGUCUCGUCCGUCUCGUCCGUCUCGUCCCGUUUUUAACAAGUUCGCGUAAAUUAACCGCCACUUGCCGUCAGUUUGUCUCGUUUUGUCCUCGUUACUCGUUCUCGUUCUGGUUUUGUCUUGUCUUGUCCUUCUCCCCCUGCUCUCUUCCUCUCUCUCUCUCUCACUUUUCUUUCUCUUUCCCUCUCUCUUCCUUUCCCUCCCUCCACUUUCUUCCCGUCCCGUCAAACAUUCAUUGAUUCUUCCUUUUCACUCUCGCUCACACCCCCCCCCCCCGAGUUUUGGCUGCCUUGUCCUCGCCCUGCUCCCUCGUUUUGCUCCCUCUCCCACCCUUCCCCUCCCCUC